AUGUCGCGGUCUGCGUCUGAUGCAACCCGGUUUACUGCUACCGGACCGUACGCCUACUCGAAAUCGUCCAUGUCUUCUCCCCCUUCGUCGAAAUGGUCCGGCCUAAAGGUCAGGUCCUCGCAGCCGUCACAAUCUUCCGGCCAGGGGGCGCAGGAGACCCCGAGAGAAAAAGUCGAACGGCUACGUGCCCAGGCUCGCGCCAAUCGCAUUGCAAAGUCGUUUUCCCCAAUGGAUCGGAUAGUAAACAGUGGCAGGACGUGGGCGGAUCGCUUUCACAGGGCGGCGGUUUUCUCGCUCAUAGCUGCUUCCGGAAUUGCUGGAGUCCUUACUGUUUAUUCGAUGACGUCGUUAAUCAUGCACAAUCGGCGGCAGCGAGAUCUAUUUAUCGAGAAGGAACUGGAGACUCUCCUAGAGGCUAGAAAAGCAUAUGUCGCCGGAACUGCUACGGAACAGCAGAUCGAGCUGCUACGGAAGGAGAAGGCCGCGGAUGAAGAGAAGCGGGCACGAGAUGAAUUGAAGAAGCAGACCAUGUUUUAUAAGGCCCGGAGCUGGCUCUUCGACGGCCCGGGAGCCGUGAAAGCCACUAGUUCAGACGCCGAAUCCCCAGCUCAGUCGUCAGAGAUACCCGAUUUAAACGCUGCCCAGGCCGCGGUACCGGCCGCUCUACCGGCGGACUCUCACCCAGCCGGUGAGAGCCAGGGGAGCGAAACUGCCAACUCUAAAGCUUCGAGCUCGAGUUGGUCUAGUUGGACGAGCUGGGGGAGUACCGGUAAAUAA